AGUCGACUGCCCGGACCAACACAUUCCCGUCUCCUUGAUUCUGGUUCAAACCAUCUCAGACGGCAUCUACGUCCACGAUGCUCAAUACACACCAACAUAUGCCACAGCUCGUUGCGGCCGACGCGUGCUACAAGGUGGUUCAGUACCGCACCGAUAUUGUUCGUGUGGUUACGGCCAAGCACUUUAUUUGCAAACCGGGAAGCUCACAGUCAACCAAGUUCAAAGCCGCCAACGCUCCUUUCGACCACAGUGGAUAUUACUCCUUGUGGAUCGAGAGUUUCAACUCGGAAAUCAACUCAACCACUCAGUUUUAUCCUGGUCCUCUCAUUUCCGGAACCACAACCUUUAUGAACACUCAUGGCUACUUGUCGGCCGCGCUGUGGCCCGAGCGCACCUUUUAUGGUAUCAUGGGGCUUUUGUACCUCGGUCUGGGUUUGAUCUGGACGGCCUACUUGGCCUGCUACUACAAGGAUCUACUGCGUGUGCAAUUUUGGAUCGGCUUUGUCGUUUUCCUUGGCAUGCUCGAGAUGUCUGUCAGUUUUGGUGACUUGGAUCACAUCAACAAGCACGGAACUCGAAGCCAUGGCGUGAUGAUUUUUGCCAAACUGCUGUUUGCAGCUAAGAACACGGCCGCGCGUUUGUUGGCCUUGGUUGUUAGCAUGGGCUACGGCAUUGUGAAGCCCCGUAUUGGCGAGUCAGUGAAGCAAGUUGUGGCCAUCGGUGUGGCCUACUUCUUUUUCGCGGCGACUUAUGGCAUCACCCACGCACAGGCGCGCGGUUCUGCAAAUGAUAAUGCAGACGUCAUUACGGUGGUUCCCAUGUCCAUCAUUGAUGCCGCAUUGAUUUGGUGGAUUUUCAUGUCUUUGGCCCAUACCAUGAAGAUCCUAAGCCUCCGAAACAACGAGGUGAAGCUGCAGUUGUACACGCGCUUUCAGUGGUGUUUGAUUUUGUGCGUGGCUGCCACCAUCAUCUUUAUCGUUUGGAGCUUGAUCGACGAAAACGUCCGGGAUUCUGCGGGCGAGGAUGACUGGCGCAACGAGUGGUGGCAAGAGGGCUUUUGGCAUUUGCUUUUCUUUGCCAUCUUGUCAGCCAUCAUGGUAUUGUGGCGGCCGACCCAGAAUAACCAACGUUACGCUUACACGGCGCUCGACAACGACGAUGACGACGAGGAUGAUUUCGAGGUGGUACCCAAUUUUCAGCAAGAUGCCAUGAAAAUGCGCAACCUGCAAUCUCGCAAUCAACCUGCGCGCAUGGAUUUUGAUGAAGAUGAUGAUGAGGAUCUGCGUUGGGUGGAGGAGAACCUGCCCAGCGUGGUGGCCAACGCGGACAGCGGGUUUGGCAAUCUGCCCAUGGAUUCGGAUGAGGAAUUGAUGCAUACUCGUUUUGAGCUGAGUAAAAUGGAUUGAGGCAAGAGCCCAGCUUGCCAGGACGAAUGGCUGACCUUUGGAAACGCUCUUCUUCUUCUUCUUCUACUCCUUUUUUUUUUUUUAAUUUCUGCUCAGUCGUGACACCCCUCUUUUGUUUUUGUCAUAUCCCUCACUUGUUUUAUUCACCAAUCUGCGGAGGCGCUCGAGCCCAUCUUGCCCAUCUUGCGCCUUGAGCAAGGAAUUCAAUCAACAAGC